AGCGCUGGACCCAGAGGCAGGGCACGUGGGCCAUGGCUGCCGCCACAUCAGGUGCCAUACCCUGCCCGACCAACUUCUCGGCCGCCGCCGAUCGCGUCCUCGGUCGUUUCCAGGAAGACUUUCUGUGGCCCGUGCUGGUGGUUGAGUUCCUGGUGGCCACGGCCAGCAACGGCUUCGCCUUAUACCGCUUCGGCACGCAGGAGCGGCGCCCGUGGCACCCGGCGGUGGUCUUCUCGGCACAGCUGGCCGUCAGCGACCUGCUCUACGCCCUGACGCUACUCCCGCUGGCCGCCUACCUCUACCCCCCCAAAAACUGGCAGUACGGGGAGCUGGCGUGCCGCCUGGAGCGCUUCCUCUUCACCUGCAACCUGCUGGGCAGCGUCCUCUUCAUCACCUGCAUCAGCCUAAACCGCUACCUGGGCAUCGUCCACCCCUUCUUCACCCGCAGCAGCCUGCGCGCCAAGCACGCCUGGGCCGUCAGCGCUGCCGGCUGGGUGCUGGCAGCCGUGCUGGCCGCGCCCACGCUCGGCUUCUCCCACCUGAAGCGGCCGCAGCAGGAGGGGGACUGCUCUGUGGCCAGGCCGGGGGCCUGCACCAAGUGCCUGGGGACGGCGGACCAGCACCUCGAGGCCUACGGAGCCUACAGCCUGGCGCUGGUCACGGCGGGCUGCGGCCUGCCGCUGUUGCUCACCCUGACGGCCUACGGCGCCCUCGGGUGGGCGGUGCUGCGCAGCCACGGCAUGACGGCGGCCGAGAAGCUGCGUGUGGCGGUGCUGGUGGCCAGCGGCAUGGCCCUCUACGCCGGCUCCUACGUGCCCUACUACGUGACGCUGGUGCUCAACGUGUCCGCCCGACAGCACUGGAGAGCCCGCUGCCCAGGCUUCGCUAACUCGGCCGAGGCCGAGGCGGCGCUGGAUUGGAGGACCUACGUGAGCCACCAGGUGAUGCGGGGCCUCAUGCCCGUGGCCAUCUGCAUCCACCCUCUGCUGUACAUGGCUGUGGCACCCAGCCUCGGCUGCUGCCCCGGUCCAGGAAGCUGCCUCGGCUGCGGGGAGAGCCAACCCCCCGAGGACGCCGGGAGCUCUGGCCAAGUCCUGCCCCUCAAUGUCACAGCCACCCCCAAAACCUCGGGGUCCUAGUCCCCCGAGCUGAGCCGACGACCCGGCCUAUUUUGA